CUUAAUAAUACAUUAUAUAUAAAGAAUAAUAGUAUAAAAAUACUAAUAGUUCAAAACUAUUUUAGUUAUUAUAAAUAUUAAUUAAAUAAAAAUAUUAUUAUAUAAUUUUCAACAUAUUUUUUUUUCCAUAAUAAAUAUUUAUUAUUAAUAUAUCAAUAACAUCCAAAAUAUAUAAAACCUAAUAAAUAUCAUACAUUUCUAACAACACAUACAUAUAAUAUAAAAUAAUGUCAAAAGGUUCACAAGAAGAAUACGAUUAUUUAUACAAAAUUGUCCUCAUUGGUGAUAGUGGUGUGGGUAAAUCCAAUUUAUUAUCUAGAUUCACUCGUAAUGAAUUUAGUCUCGAAACCAAAUCAACCAUUGGUGUAGAAUUUGCAACCAGAACUAUUCAAACUGAAGGUAAAACUAUUAAAGCUCAAGUUUGGGAUACUGCAGGUCAAGAAAGAUAUAGAGCCAUUACUUCAGCUUAUUAUCGUGGUGCUGUUGGUGCAUUACUUGUUUACGAUAUUGCUAAACAAGCUACAUAUAAAAGUGUCGAAAGAUGGUUAACAGAAUUACGUGAAAAUGCUGAUCGUAAUAUCGAAAUUAUGUUGGUUGGUAACAAGAGCGAUUUAAGACAUUUACGUGAAGUUUCAACAGACGAAGCCAAAGAAUUUUCAGAAAAACACAAACUUACUUUUAUUGAAACCUCAGCUCUUGAUUCAAGCAAUGUUGAAUUAGCCUUCCAAAAUAUUUUAACUCAAAUUUACCAUUUAAUGAGCCGUCCAAGUCAUGGCCCAAUUAUUUCAGAUGAACCACCAGCUCCAGGUGUUCAAAUCGAUCCAUCAGAACCAAGCUCCACUCAAGGCGGUCAAAAAUCUGGUUGUGGUAUGUGCAAUUAAAUAUUAAAUUAAUAUAAAACCUUAUAUAAAAAAAAAAAAUCCAAACUUUUAAAAAAAUUUAAAAAAAUAAAAAAAUAUAAAAAAAAUAUAUAUAAAAAAAAAAUUU